UACAUAUAGGAAGUCCACACUAGUUAAGGCGUGGUCUCGGCUCCUUUCCUUCCCCAGCUGCAGCUGCUCCACUAAUCAGUUGUUCAAGUUUUGGGACAGAAAAAGACUGGUAAAAAUGGUUAUCAGAAGCCUCCUUCGAUCAUCUCUCAAAACCCAGCAUGGUUCAUGCAAAAAACUUGGUGCUGCUUUGGGAAGUUCACAGGAAAAUCUCCCUCGCUCACUGUUGUUAGCGAGAUUUUAUGGUACAGAAGCAUCUUUGCUGAAGGAAGAUGUUACUAGUUAUAAGGGGCAUGAUAUGUUGGCACCUUUCACUGCUGGGUGGCAGUCUACUGAUUUGAAUCCUCUGGUUAUAGAGAGAUCUGAGGGAAGCUAUGUUUAUGAUAACAAUGGGAAGAAGUAUCUUGAUUCGCUUGCUGGUCUUUGGUGCACAGCCUUAGGAGGAAAUGAACCUCGACUUGUGGCUGCUGCGAAUGCACAAUUGAAUAAAUUGCCAUUUUAUCACUCCUUUUGGAACCGUACCACAAAGCCUUCUUUGGAUCUUGCUAAAGAGCUUUUAGAAACUUUUACUGCAAGGAAAAUGGGCAAAGUUUUCUUUACAAAUAGUGGAUCAGAAGCCAAUGACAGUCAGGUAAAGCUUGUCUGGUAUUAUAAUAAUGCUCUUGGCAGACCAAACAAGAAGAAAUUUAUAGCUCGAGCAAAAUCGUACCAUGGUUCAACUUUGAUAUCUGCUAGUCUUUCUGGCCUUCCAGCUUUGCAUCAAAAGUUUGAUCUACCAGCUCCAUUCAUACUGCACACUGACUGCCCUCACUACUGGCGAUACCAUCUUCCAGGUGAAUCAGAGGAGGAAUUCUCCACCAGAUUGGCCAAUAAUUUGGAAAAUCUCAUUCUCAAAGAGGGUCCAGAGACGAUUGCUGCAUUCAUUGCCGAGCCUGUCAUGGGGGCAGGAGGAGUGAUACUUCCCCCGGCAACUUAUUUUGAUAAGAUUCAAGCUGUCGUGAAAAAAUAUGACAUUCUUUUUAUUGCUGAUGAGGUUAUCUGUGCAUUUGGAAGGCUUGGAUCAAUGUUCGGGUGUGACAAAUACAACAUCAAACCAGAUCUUGUAUCCCUUGCGAAGGCCCUCUCUUCUGCGUACAUGCCUAUUGGAGCUGUUAUGGUGAGCCCUGAAAUUUCAGAAGUAAUUCACUCCCAAAGCAAUAAACUUGGUACUUUUUCUCAUGGAUUUACUUAUUCCGGCCACCCUGUAGCCUGUGCAGUUGCAAUUGAAGCUCUCAAGAUCUACAAGGAGAGAAAUAUUGUUGACAAAGUAAAUAUCAUUGCCCCAAAGUUUCAAGAUGGUCUAAAAGCAUUUUCUGAUAGUCCGAUCAUAGGGGAGAUACGAGGAACCGGCUUGAUUCUUGGUACUGAGUUUGCAGAUAAUAAGUCACCCAACGAGCCAUUCCCUUCUGAAUGGGGAAUCGGUGCAUAUUUCGGAGCACAGUGCCAGAAACAUGGCAUGUUAGUACGUGUUGCAGGGGAUAACAUAAUGAUGUCUCCGCCUUUUAUAAUAUCCUCGGAAGAAGUUGAUCAGUUGAUCAGCAUAUAUGGAAAGGCAUUGAAGGCUACUGAGGAGAAGGUGAAGGAACUCAAAUCUCAGUAAACACCAGUUGCUGAUAAUGGCGAAAACCCUUGUAUUUUCUAUGUAAAAAUCGAAGACUUGAGACAUUUGGUAACUGAAUAAAAGCCUGCUGUUUGUUUGUUAA